AUGGCUCAAGCUAUUGAAGGGAUUCUUGCCCGACCCACUGAAACCUCUGCAUUUCUACUGCUCCAAAGUCAAGUUCGAGCAUGUGAACAUCUAUCCCAAAUGACGCCGCGAGCUCACACAAAGGGAACAACAAUUCCUAACUCAGCAUUUUCCGAAUAUCAACUCCAGAAACUUGCACCUUCGUUCCUACAUCUGAUAAGCGCUUUCUGCUUCUCAUUUCUUACCGUCGAAAUGAAGACUGUAUUGCCAAUCUUUUCAGAUCUGUACAAUAUGAGAAAGAGCUUACAUCGGGAGGUUCUAGGCUUCUCAAUUUCACAUGUCGAAAUCCUAUCAAAAUCUGCGGUCACUAUCCUACUUACUACUAUCGACAAAGUGAUGCAUACCUCCGACCAACCCCAUUGCAUUAUCCCGGUUGACUUUCUGGGUCCAGCCGACGAGGAUUUAUGGAUUGAACAUCUUGGGCGAACAGGAGCUGUAGAAAAGUGGCUCAGAGAGGAUCACAAGGGGCCAAUGGCACCCUAUGUUGCGGAAAAGGUGUGUCAUUACCAAUCUGCCUUGAUGUGGUAUCGCGCUCUCAUCUGGAACAUCAAUGUCGACGAGGGGACAGUGGUCAAGCUAGAUCCAAUACUCAGACAGCCUCAGCCUAUGCUGGUGGUUGAGCAGAUGAAGUCGUUCGCGGCGAAUCUUACAGUAAAGCAGGUCAAUGCUGCGGGACAUUGGGUGCAGUUGGAAGCGCGAGAUGAGAUUAAUGAGGGUUUACUGGAGUUUUUCGAGAGGGUGAGGCUUGAUCGUGACGGAAGUCGACAACUCAACCAUAUUAUCCUAAGCAAACAAACCGAUUGCCUCCGCAGCCAUGCCAUAACUACAGUAUAA